AUGAUUUCAGCUAAGAAAGAUAUCAAGGUACAACUGGAGAAGUGGCUAGAGUAUGCCCAAAACAAGAUUAGAAGGCUAGUAAGAAGCAAUGGGGAGCUGGUCCAGGCAAAGCAGGGGAUUGAGGAGGAAGUGAUAGGGUUUUAUAGACAACUAUUAGGCUCAACAACUGAAGGUUUGCCUGCAAUUAACCCAACAGUGAUGAGGGGUGGACCACUGGUGAACAGAGAACAACAACUAAAACUGGUGUUAGCUAUCACUAGAGAGGAAGUCUAUACCAUGCCCUUAAAGAUAUUGAGUGACAACAAAGCUCCUGGUUGCGAUGGUUUCAAUGCCUUGUUCUUUAAAAGAGCUUGGCUUGUGACUGAUACUAAAGUUACAGAUACUUUGUUGGAGUUCUUUUCAAAUGCAAAUAUGUAUCAGUCUAUCAAUUGCACAACAUUUUCAGGAAAAUUUGUGCAAUGGACUAUGAGAUGUGUGACAACUGUAUCUUAUUCCAUAAUCAUUAAUAGUCAGCCUAAAGCUCCUUUUCCUGCUAAGAAAGGACUGAUACAGGGAGACCAAUUGUCUCUGUACUUAUUUGUGUUGGCUAUGGAAUAUCUAACUAGACUCCUGAUCAAGACAUUAAAGAGGAAUCCCAACUUCAACUACCACCCUAAAUGUGCCACAAUGAACAUUGUCCAGCUCAGCUUUGCUGAUGAUCUACUGCUAUUUUGCAGGGGUGAUACUAUCUCUGUGCAACUAUUGUAUGAGCUUCUAGGAAUUCUCCAAAGCCUCAGGUCUAGUUGCAAAUGCUGA